GAGAGGACAGGGGCCCUGAGACCCCGCUUAAUGGGGCGCCCUUGGGGCCGCCCGUCCGGCCCGCCUGCGCUCAGCCCGGCCCGCUCCGCGGCGCGCUGGGUGGAGGCGUCACCAGGAGCCGCCGUGGGGUGCGUGGGGGUCAGUCCUUCCAGCAAAUCAGCGCGACGCCCGGGGCAGCGGCGGUGAGGACCGGGGACCAGAGGGAGAGACAGGAGCGGGCGCCGCGCCCCCACCUGUGCGUCCUCUGGCUCCUGGUUCGGCGUCUGGGCGCCACGUCCGCCGGGACCGAGGGGGCGAGUCCGCGGGGCAGGAGCCGGGGCGCCGCCAGGAGGAGCGGGGCGCGAGCUCGGACCCUCGGCCGCCGCUCGGCCCCGCCCGCGCCCCCGCCCCUGCCGCCCCCGCCGCCCAGCGGGCCUGAAAGUUUGCGCGCGGCUGGCUCGGGGCGCGGGCGCGUAGCCGGUGAGGAGCGCGGAGCCCGACCGGAGCAGCGCGCCCCUGCUGCCCUGACCCCGGCAGCCCCAGGAGCCUGUGAGCCCACGAGGACCCUCUGCCUCAGCCGUGCAGCCCCAGCCAGAUGCGGGGGGUGGCUGCCCAGAGGCAAUGCCCCCCACCCAGCCUUGCCCCAGCCCCCUCCUCCUGCUGCUGCUGCUGGCCUGCCAGCCACAGGCCCCAUCUGCCCAGGUGAUGGACUUCCUGCUGGAGAAGUGGAAGCUCUAUGGGGACCAGUGUCUGCACAACCUGAGCCUGCUGCCGCCCCCCACAGAGCUGGUCUGUAACAGAACCUUCGACAAGUACUCCUGCUGGCCCGACACGCCUCCCAACACCACAGCCCGCAUCUCUUGCCCCUGGUACCUGCCCUGGUACCACAAAGUUCAGCACGGCUUUGUCUACAAGAGAUGUGGCCCCGACGGGCAGUGGGUGCGUGGGCCGCAGGGGCAGCCGCUGAGAAACGCCUCCCAGUGCCAGAUGGACGAGGACGAGGUUAAGGUCCAGAAGGAGGUGGCCAAGCUGUACGGAGCCUCCCAGGUGAUGUACACUGUGGGCUACUGCCUCUCGCUGGGGGCGCUGCUGCUGGCCCUGGCCAUCCUGCUGGGCCUCAGGAGGCUGCACUGCACCCGCAACUACAUCCACGCGAACCUGUUCGUGUCCUUCGUGCUCAGGGCCAGCUCUGUGCUGGCCACGGACGCCCUGCUCAGGACCCGCUACAGCCAGCAGAUCGGUGACGACCUCAGCGUGCGCAGCUGGCUGAGUGGCGGGUACGGAGUGGUCGCCAACUACUGCUGGCUGCUGGUGGAGGGUCUGUACCUGCACAGCCUGCUGGGCCUCGCCGCUGGCCCCGAGAGGAGCCUCUUCGCCCUCUACGUGGGCGUUGGCUGGGGCACCCCCAUGCUGUUCGUGGUGCCCUGGGCCGUGGUCAAGUGUCUGUUCGAGAAUGUCCAGUGCUGGACCAGCAACGACAACAUGGCCUUUUGGUGGAUCCCACGCCUUCCCGUCUUCCUGGCCAUUCUGAUCAAUUUCUUCAUUUUCAUCCGCAUCCUUCACAUCCUCCUGGCCAAGCUGCGUGCCCACCAGAUGCGCCGCAACGACUACAAAUUCCGGCUGGCCAAGUCCACACUGACCCUCAUCCCCCUGCUGGGAGUCCACGAGGUGGUGUUCGCCUUCGUGACGGACGAGCACGCCCAGGGCGCCCUGCGCUUCGCCAAGCUCUUCUUCGACCUGUUUCUCAGCUCCUUCCAGGGCCUGCUGGUGGCUGUCCUCUACUGCUUCCUCAAUAAGGAGGUGCAGGCAGAGCUGCUGCGGAGCUGGCGCCGUUGGCGCGUGGGCAAGGCUCUUCGGGAGGAACACCGGGGCAGCGGCCGCCCAGCCUCGGCCCGGCCCACCAGCGGAGGCGCCACCCAGAAGCUGCUGUUCUCCAGGGGCCGGGCCAGCAGCGGGGCCAGCCAGGAUCCCUCUGCAGGGACCCACGCGGCCAUCAGCCUCCCCGGGUUGGCCGACAGCCCUUUCUGAAGCCCUCAGAGCCCCACCUGGGGCUGGACUCAGGAGCCGAAAGAGCAGCAACAAACAAUUCAGACCUCAGCCCACUCUCCCAGAGUCUGGGGGAGCCGGAGGGGCCCCAGGGCGGUGGGUCCCGAGUGUCUGAGAGUCAGGCGUGGAGGGGAGGUGCCCUCCAACAAUAAAGCACUGUGCUCCCCGG